AACAAUCCGCUUUACAAAGCUUACAUAUGAGAGUGACUUAAGUCGAAGACUAUGGACUUCAAAUGGCAAUUUUUGCUCAAACUUUUCCUGUCCUUAAUAUCGGGUUAUUGUUGCAAGACAUCAGCGGAUUGGGAUAGCAUUACACCCAAGGAAGAGGUUUCGGAUGCUGAAAGAUCAGUCAAACUAGAGUGUCCUUACCCAGAGAGCCAUUCCAAAAACCACAAGUUCCUCUGUAAAGGGCAGAGUCCAUGCAAUUGCCAGGUGGUGGUCAAUUCAACGCAAACCGGUAACCAAGAGCGCAGGUUUUCCAUAUGGGUCAAUGAGAGAUUGAAGAGGUUCACCGUGACCAUCAUGGACACGAAAGGAGAGGACUCUGGGACAUACUGGUGUCUCUCUGACCGAGGACGGCCACCAGCAAACUAUACCAAAAUCCACCUGACAGUGAAAGUGAAUGUUAAACCCUCUUUCAAGGCCGCUUCCCCGAGAACGCCACCUGGUUUGACUUCUGAAUUCCCCACCAGACACCAGUCUCCACCAACAGUCGCUCCUCCCCCAACAAAGAAUGGAAGCUCACUAAGUGCGAUUUUGUCUGGGAUCCUGAGUGUGUUGUUGCUCGGCUGUCUCCUCUUAUCAUUCAUGAUGUACAGACACAGACAGAGAGAGGCACAAGGGCAAACGAUACCGUAUAUUGGAAACAGAAAGAUCGGGCGCCCUCCAGCGUCAGAUUUGGGGGAUGAUUUAGUUUUCGAUUGUUCCACUCGGACUUUACCUACACUAGAGACUGACUCCGCCCACUACGCCAGUGUUAGGCACCCCGUUUCUGCUCCAGCUGCACCUCGUCCACCUUCUUCAUUCUGCAUCUAUUCAGCUGUCAACGUCAUUCAAAGUGAUAGAUAGGUCUAGGCCUACUUAAGGGUUGUAGGCACAGAUGUCAACCCCCCAACAACAGAAAAACCGUUGUUCUACUGUCAACAUUAAAGACUAAGAGCUCAGCUUGUGCAGUUAUUUGGCGCGACAUAGAUCUAUUUGACGCUGUAUACAGUCUACAAG